UAUCUACCCAUUACCGCUGUAUAAGUAUAUUAUUCUAUAAUAUAAUAUAAUGUCCCGCCGUAGGUACAAACGGGCCGCACCGGCAUUGAAUGUUCAUUCAUAUAUGGUCAAGACCGUGAUCGCGGGAAACGGAUGGCCGUGCGGUGGAACCGGACCAAGGAAGCGGUGGCGGCGGCGCGGUAACGUCGUCGCACGAUGGACCUCCCGACCUCCGUCGCCGAGCCGAGCAGUGCGCCGCCGCAGUUGUGGUGUCGUCCGGGUCUUACUCCGCAGUCCGCUCUAGUUUUGCGCGCGACUUUUCAAUAUUGUUGUACGGCGUUCACGUCGAACUGCUGGUCUACGGACGAUAAGUUCUGAUAACUAAUUUUUUUUCUUUAAAUUUAAAAUACCAACAUCGCAAUAAUACCACAAACCAGCCGUCGAGCUUUAAGCAUAUAUUAUAAUACAUUGCACUGAACAGCACGCCGUAUACAACCGGAUUCUGGUAGUCGGUCGAGGUACGACGAAGACAUGUCACUAUUAUUCGUUAUACCAAUCGAGAUUUUCAAGGAAGAAAUUGGAGUGUAUCGGUAUAAGUAUCGAUUUAAUAACGUACCGACCAAUAUCGGGCUUAGACUACGAUACGAGUCGGUACGUAACUAUUCCCAGUCGAAACGUUUCGAAUUCUUCUUGAAAAUCUUGAUUAUGACAUCGUUAUUGUGUUUAAUAUAACGUAAUAUUAUAUUGCAGUGCGUCGGAGAUGGCGACGCUGCUGAAGAACGUCACCAAUUGCAUAUGGCAAGCGUUCAACUCGCUGGACACGGACGACACAGGAACCGUGGUCAAGUCCAAGCUCAAAGUUUUAACAGCAAACAUUGGUAUUCUCCUUGACCUUUAUGGUGUAGAAAAAGGCCUUGAACACUACAGAAGCACGACAACUUUAAAUUUUCAACAUUACAAAUAUUAUUUAUUGAGAGAAGUGUUUCUAUCACUUCCAAACAUUCUAUCUUUACCAGUACUUCAGGGAUUCGAGUCAAAUAUAGAUGAGACAUGUUGGCUGAUUUGUAAAAAAGAUUUUAUUUCUAAAUGCCAAGUAUUACCAGAGGAUUGUAUGUACAAAUUAUUCAGGGUAUUUUGUUUUUUGUCUGAGCUUGUAGUAGAUCCAGAAAGACCAAAUCGAUUCCAAGUUAUAAUGGAUACAUCCGAAGUGGGUUUGGUGGCUUCACAAAUUGUUACUUCAUUAGGCGCUGACUGGGAUCAAUCUGGUUUUGAAGAGCUUAUUGGAAAUGCUAAUGGAUUUCAGUUUGGUACGUUUUUAACUUUACUAGAGAAGCGAUAUUUAGCUGACGUUGAUCGUGCCGGUUUGGUGGAAGCAUUAAAUGCUGUUACAAAUACUUUCAUUGAUGAUAUUAUAAAAAAAGGAUCAUUGUUGAAACGUGGUUAUUUAUUGCCAACGCUACGAGAGUAUUGGUUYGUAUUAAAACCGUGUCAACUAUUAUACUACAAGAAUGAAGAAGAAAAAGAGCAGUGUGGUUCUAUAACCUUAGACCCAAGAUGUUGGGUGGAUUCCAAUUUACAACGUAUAAUGUUACACACAACUGAAAGGACUUUUGAAUUAGCCACUAAGGAUCAUAGGAGUCGCUUACAAUGGCUAUCUGCUUUAAAAUUAGCAAUAUCUUAUUCAGCGGGGACAGAAGGUUAUCAACGAACAUUGUUGCGCCGUAGGCAAAAACGAAGAAAAGCUGAACUUCAAGAGAAACAUAGAAGAAGCAGCAUAAUACAUGACAUGGAUGUUCAGUUACAAGCUGAGAAACAAGCCAGGGCGGCUAUAGAAAUUCAUGCAAAAGAGCUUAAAGUGGCUAGUGAAAAACACGUUGAAGAAUUGGAAUGUCUACUUGAAGAAGAAACACAGGCAAAACGUGAUGAAGAAAUAGUGCGUAACUUACAAGCUAGAGUAYUAAGAGAAGAAUGGGAAAAAAGAGAAGAGUUAGAAAGGUUACAGGAAGAACAUAUAAUGCUGUUAGAACAAGAACGAGAAAAACGAAAAGAAUUUGAGAUUAAACAACGAGAGAAAGAAAACCAAUUGCUUGAAGCCCAACAGAGGUUAAUUGAACUAGAAGCUGAAAAACAGCGACUUGAUGACGAACUGACAAGAGCUCAAAAAAAAAUUAGUGUUUCCGAAAAAGCAGUAGCAUCAAUUACAAUUGUAGAGCCCGCAGAAACAUUGAACAUAAAACCACAAGUUAAAGUGAGGAGGACAAUGUCAUUUAUACCAUCCACAAAAGAACGACCA